AUGACAGAAAAUGAGAAGAGUAAGGAGAAGAUGACAGAAAAGGAGAAAGGUAGAGAGAAGAUGACAGAAAAGGAGAAGGGUAGAGAGAAGAUGACAGAAAAGGAGAAGGGUAAGGAGAAGAUGACAGAAAAGGAGAAGGGUAGAGAGAAGAUGACAGAAAAGGAGAAGGGUAGGGAGAAGAUGACAGAAAAGGAGAAGGGUAGGGAGAAGAUGACAGAACAGGAGAAGGGUAGAGAGAAGAUGACAGAUCAGGAGAAGGGUAGAGAGAAGAUGACAGAAAAGGAGAAGGGUAGGGAGAAGAUGACAGAAAAUGAGAAGGGUAGGGAGGAGAUGACAGAACAGGAGAAGGGUAAUGAGAAGAUGACAGAAAAGGUGAAGAUGACAGAAAAUGAGAAGGGUAGAGAGAAGAUGACAUAA